GUUUUGGGUUGAAACGUAGUCGUGGUAAAUUGCGGACCUUGUUCAGCCCGGUCAGAGGAAGGUUUAUCCUCAUCACCAUUAACGACGUCUACACUUCCUACUGGAAAUAAUCAAUGACUUGUAGGAUAUGCUGUAAGUCUGGAUUUAAACACAGAGCAGGUUUUGACUCAUUGUCAAUAGCAGGAAGCUUGGAGGUGCUGGAGGAUAAACACAGAUGUAGGAAUGACGAGGAGUACUGAAUUCUUCGAGCAGCGACAGAUGGGCUUAUAAGGGCUGCAGAUCAAUGGGCUGGUGAGAUGGAGGAAGCGUACAAUGAACUGUACCAGGAGUUUCUUGGUCUGAGGUCACUUUGCCUGAGACAGGCAGCUCUGCUACAUAAACUCACGGCUGCUCUGCAGAAGCAACAAGGUGCCAGAGUUCCCAAUGGACAGCUGAGUAAUUUAAAGUCCAUCCCCAUACAUUGUACCCAAGAAAUCCCUGUAUCUCUCCACAAAAGGCCUCACUCGCUGACGGCCAUCACACGCAACCGUGCAGCACAGCUCGGCGGCGAUGACCUCUCUUCAAACAUGGGGACUUUUUCAGAUCUCCUUGCUGAAGACAUGUCUAAGCUCGGUGUGGGUGUGCCUCGCCAUGGAGAAGAAGACGGGACGCUGGAGCAAAUGGUGGCACCCCUUUUGAGCUGGGACUUCACAAGGUGGCCAGGAGCCUCAUCCAGUGUCACAAAUCAUCCAGGGCAAGCUGUUGAUCAUAGCAGACACAAGACAAAGCACACAUUUGGGAUACCUGCGAGAGACAGUCCCUCCCUGCCCAGAGACCUGCUGGAUCCAUCCGAUGGGCUCAUGAUGUCAGACAUCGUUCUGCAGUCCAACGUUUGUGAGUUCUGCCAGGCGGUUUUCCCCGGAGACACAACCACCAGGGGAGAGUUCCUACGCCAUCUUUGCACCCACGUCACCUAAACUAAGCAGAUUAUUAUUCUCCUCUUGACAUUGGACUUGUGUCUUCAUAUGAUAUGCUGUGUUGGAGCAUGCGUAACGGUUAACCAAUCUUUGCUAUGGGCAUUGAAAUCAAAGUGCUCAUUAAAGGGUUUAGCCGUUUGCUAGAUGAACCGUUUAGAGGCAGAUUUUUUCUGUCUCUGUCAUAUAAAAAAGAAGAAUGAAAAACUUCCCGUGAUUAGAUUGUAUCUGAAACUAUUGAGAUUUUGUGGCUCAUAAAGGAUUAGUUCACUAAAAUUAAAAAAGCCAUGAUUUUAUUCAUCCUGGUUUUGACAUAUUCAUCACCCUGCUGUAUCACUUUGUAUAGCAAUUAUUUCUUUCUUAGAAAGUCUUGAGCUAACCCAAUUCACACCCUGGCAAAUGAAACCAUAGCUUUUUGCAUUACCAGAUAUCUUUUUCCUUGAGCUAACGGUUACAAGCUACUUCAUUUGAUAUAAGUGGUUUACAGAGAGAAUGCCUCCGUUAGCAUUAAUUAUUCUCAUUCUCCAGUUUUAACUUGUAACCACUGCGCAUUGCCUGAGUUUGGAUAAUUCAUCUGUCAUUUCAAGGCAUCCUACUUCACAUACUUCAUGUGACCGUCUUCCUCCCCAGUUCCUUUAAUUAACGUAGCCAAUGAUUGCACCGGGGAAUGAAAACUUGUGAACCUUUCAUUUCUCAUGUGCCCACUCUUCUGCCAUUCAGUCUGAAACCCCAAUGUCGUUAUAGUUCCUUGACAGGAGCAAUAUAUUUGGGCAUUUAUUGUGUGUCAGCAUGGCCGACAAUGACAGUUUUUGACAUUAAGAUGUUGGGUUUGAAAGGAUAACAAAAAAGAAAAAUACAUAGUCAUGUAUUUGAAUGUGGAUAUGAAGAGACUGCCUAAUAUUAUUAGGAGUCUUCGUGGAGAUUUUUAUAUGUUUGCUAUUGGGCAUUUAACUUAUCAGCUGUCUGCUGCUCAGCUCUGUGUUACUGAGGAAAACAUGGGCUAAGAAUAGACUCAAAGAUUUAUCUCCCUAUUAGUGGUGCUGACAGCAGAUUGCCGAUGAUUGCGCCCUUCAUCCGCUGCCACACUGACUGUUGCUCUCACUAUCACAGUAAAAAAUACCGACAUAGAUCGUAUGCUUUUGUGCAAUCAAAAAGAAAACGUUUCAUAUAAACACAACUUUUAGCAUGCUUUAAAUUGGUCUUGUGAUGGCAAAUGGGAAAUUGACUCAAUGAGUUUUUACAGUAAAGCCGGCAGUGCUUUGAGCCAGCAUGUUGAGGUUUAAGAGCAUAGUUUAGCUUGUUAUAAGCUUGUUGUAAGUUAUAACAGUUGCUGAUUAGUAACAACCGCAGAGUUUACCAAAAGCUGAUGAGCUGAUUUCAUAGCUUUCAUAGUAAUUGGUCCAUACAUCGAAGCUUAGAGAUAUUUCAUUUAAAAAACGCAAAUGUUUUCCUAAUGGUGACGCAAGCUGAGAAGUCAGUGUAUCAUUGGACUCAGUAGGAUUCAUCCUAUGACGACCAUGAAUAAUUGUUUGAUCAAUAAUCAAUGAUCAAUAAUAAUUUGAUGUAAAUCCAGAAAAUAGUUGUUGUUCAGUCUGGACCAAAAUGGUGUAUGGUGUAUGAGAAAAAAAGCAUAUCUUAAAUAUUGUAUUCAUUCAUCAAACCCAUUAUAAUCAAACCUUUGUGAUUUUGUGUUACUCAUAAAGUAAAAAUAGUGAAGAUUUGUUUCAUCAUA